AUGAUAAAGUCAAAUAUAGCCAACGCCGACAGCCCUAACCACAUGCCCACCAAACCGCCGAAACUGGCUAUGAAUGAGAUGAACACCGAUGUCCGCAUAUCCCACGCACUCAGCGUGGGGGCCAAACGCACCCCCUUUGGCACGUUUGGGGGCGCAUUGAAAAGCAAAACCCCCACCGAGUUGGGCGAGAUAGCGGCCAGGGGUGCCCUUCAGGCUGCCGGUGUCGACCCUAAACUGGUCAACUCAGUCACCGUCGGCACUGUUAUCCAGAUCGCCGCCAACGACACGCCAAUCAUACCGAGAGGUCUGGUCUUACGACUGGGUAUACCUCUGGAGGUGCCGGCGCUUUGUGUGAACAUACAGUGCGGCUCAGGUUUUCAGGCUAUUAUGACGGGCGCUCAGGUAUUCUUAACGGUAGUGAUAGCACCGGCAGAUGAUAAUGACAUCGUAUCAAACGAUUGUGACAUCACUCUGGCUGUCGGCGCCGAAAGCAUGAGUUUAACGCCAUUUAUGGUAAUCACAGGAAACGAUGAGAGGCGCCCGGUUUGGGGUCAGGCUAUCGGCCACACCACUGGUAUGCGACUGGAGGACGGCUUGUGGGAGGGCCUGAAGGACCACAACUGCAACAUACGGAUGGGAGAGACGGCCGAAAAGUUGGCCAAAAAAUACCAGAUCUCCAGAGAGGGGGCCGACGCCAUAGCCCUGCGGUCGCAGCAACGGUGGGCCGACGCCUACGAGCGCGGCGUAUUCAAGGAGGAGGUGGUGCCGGUGCCCAUCAAACUGAAGGGAAAGGACGUCAUGUUUGAUACGGACGAACACCCGAAGCCUAAGACAACGGCCGACCAGUUGGCGAAACUGUGGUCCGUUUUCGAGCGCAACGGAACGGUAACCGCGGGUAACGCGUCGGGCGUUAACGACGGCGCCGGGGCUUUGGUGUUGGCUUCUGAGGAGGCCGUCAAACGACAUAAUCUCAAACCCUUAGCCCGUAUUGUCGGCCACUCGUGCGUCGGUGUCGACCCCACUAUAAUGGGUAUCGGUCCGGCGCCGGCUAUCAAGAAACUAUUGGCGAAGACUGGGCUGACACUGGAGGCCAUGGAUGUGAUUGAAGUGAAUGAGGCCUUUGCCUCGCAGUUCGCGUCCGUCGAGAAGGAGUUGGGUUUGGAUCCCAACAAAACCAACGUUAAUGGGGGCGCCAUAGCUAUCGGACACCCUCUGGGAGCGACAGGCGCUCGGAUUAUGACUAAUCUGGUGUAUGAGGUGCGGCGCCGGAAGGGAAAGUAUGCCUUAGGCUCGGCCUGUAUUGGCGGCGGACAGGGUAUUGCUAUACUCAUCGAAAAUUAUGCCUUAGGCUCGGCCUGUAUUGGCGGCGGACAGGGUAUUGCUAUACUCAUCGAAAAUGUUAAUUAA